AUGGUGCCAGAAGUAUACAUCCAAUGGAUAAAAAUGAUCUAUUACGGAGCCACGAGCCAUGUGCAAACCGCGGCAGGACAGUCGAAACCAUUCCGCAUAAAGACCGGCGUGCAUCAAGGAUCGAUGCUCUCUCCUCUACUCUUCAUCACAAUUAUGGAUGCAGUGACGGAAGAUCUCAGCGACAGCCUCCAUGGGCUCUCCUGUAUGCAGGCGAUGUGGGGUUGA